CCCCAGCUGCCCACCACAGUAGAUGAGCACUCACUCUCGGUUACACCACUCCAAAGAUCACAGAAUCCUCUUUGAUGCACCAAAAGACGACAAAACCAGAAUUUUUACACACUGAGUAGACUACCAGGAGGCCAUGAGCACAUUUGGCUACCGUCGGGAACUGAGUAAGUACGAGGAUUUGGAUGAAGAUGAGCUGCUGGCCUCGCUGACUGCCGAGGAGCUCCAGGAGCUGGAGAAGGAGUUGUCGGAUAUUGAUCCUGACGACAAUGUUCCCAUUGGACUGCGACAGAGAGAUCAGACAGCUAAGACUCCCACUGGAACUUUCAGCCGGGAGGCUCUGAUGAAAUACUGGGAAAAUGAGACCCGAAAACUGCUGGAGGAGGAAAGGACGGAAUCCACAAGUCCUAGACAGAAAAAUGAAGACUCCAGAGAAGAGGAGGAAUGUGUGACUGAGAGCGAAACUGAAGAAUCCGAGGAGGAAAAAUGUGAGGCAGAAGAAUCUGAGGAGGAAAAAGAUGAGGCAGAAGAAAAUGAGAAUGAUGGACAGAAAUAUCAGGAAGUUGAAGAAGAAGAGGAAGAAGAAGAGGAAAGUGAACUUGAGGAAGAAGAAGAAGAAAGUGAACUUGAGGAGUCAGUGACAGAGGAAGAGGAAGGUGAAGAAGAGAACAGCUCUAAAAUGGUACCUCCACUGGACUGUAUGACUCAACCUCAGCAGUGUUGGUCUUCAAAUGGUCAGUCCAAACUGAGAAUGGUAGAGCCUGUAAGACAACACUCUCCAAUGAUGGGUGAACCAAAAGUCCAAGUUCAGGAGCCCAGUCGCUUGUCAGGAAACCCCACUGUGGUGGACGAAGUUCUGGAGAAGAUCCUCAACAAUGACCCAGAUACCACUGAGGUCAACCUCAACAACAUAGAUAACAUCUCCCAAGAGACCCUUAUUCGCUUUGCAGAGGCCUUGCGUUCCAACACUCAUGUACGCUUCUUUAGUCUCGCCAACACUCAUGCAAACGACCAGGUAGCUUGUGCCAUAGCCAAGUUGCUGAAAGAAAACUGCUACAUCACAAAUCUUAACAUGGAGUCCAACUUUAUUACAGGAAAAGGUAUACUGGCAUUAGUGCAAUCCCUGACACAAAACAAUACUCUUAUUGAACUCCGAUUUCACAACCAACGGCACAUUUGUGGAGGUCAGGUAGAAAUGGAGAUUGUUAAGUUACUGAGGGAGAAUACCACACUGAUAAAGUUGGGCUACCAGUUCGACCUUCCCGGCCCUCGUAUAAGCAUGACGACCAUUCUCACCCGCAACCAGGACCUCCAAAGACAGAAGAGGAUGCAUCAACAGCAAGGAGGUGCACCGACAUCCACAAACCCUCGAACUGCUGCCCUUCAGAAGAGUACGACCACCCCUUCUCCUUACGGUUCCCCUCGGAGUUCACCAUGGUCAUCCCCAAAGAUGCCACGCAUUGAUAUGGCAAAGAAGAAUGCUCCUCCUGCUCAUGUUCCUCCACCACCACCACCUCCUCCGCCUCCACCACCACCUCCUGCACCCAAAGCCAUUCAAGAGAAGGUGGCUCCCACCAGGAUGAUCGCAGAGGUCAUCAAACGGCAAGAGGAGACCUCCAAGAAACAGCAGGGUCCCACAAAGUCUAGGUCAAAAAAGGGUAAAAGGGCAGCAAAGCAAACAGAGACUAAAAACAUAUUAAAGGAACUGAAGAACACCUUGAGACCCAUCAAUGACAGGGAGAACUCCAGACCCUCCACGCCACAAUGCUGUGCUCACGACCAACUCAUGGCUGCCAUCAAGGGCAGCAGCAUAAAAAAUCUCAGGAGGGUGGAGGUUCCUCAGUAUCUUCGGUAACCAUACAUUUAGACUUCGGACUAAGAUCGAACAAGAAUCCAGGAUUAAAGUGCCAUCUCCACACCAACUUGUGCAUCAUAACUUUAAAAUAACUGUACAUCAAAUCGUGUAUCUAUUCACCAUGCAUUGAUCCUCAGAAGAAUUAUUUUUGUGUGUGCAUUCAGUGUUUAAAGACAAUUGUGCAACAGGAAAGGACAAAUUCACAAAAUCUUUCUUAUUAUUAUUCUUAUAAAUGAAAUUUAAAGCAUCAUAAAUAGAUGUGUAAUAAAAAAGUAGGGUUUUCUGUAUUGAGAAUGUCCUGGAUAUUUGCACUGUAUUCAUUUUCUAUCUACUUGUAUUAAUAGUAGUUUCUGUUGUAGUGGUUUUUAAAGCAUUUGCAUUGUUUUUAAAGCAAAAUGGCAAUUCUUUAGAUCUUGUAUUUCUACCUUGACUUUUAAUGAUUUUUAACACAAGUUCUUGAAUGUAUACAUGUAAAUAUUCGGCUUGAUUCCAAAAAUUAAAUGUCAAUGUGUGGAGACAUAAAAAAUAUCAUUUAUGA